AUGUCAGAAAUUCUCCCUCAUGUUUAUUUAUCAUCAAUUGUAUAUGCAAAAGAUUUAUACUGGCUUAAAAAAAAAAAGAUUUCGAAUAUUCUCAUCAUAGGAUAAUUGUAACAAUAUUUUCCUUUAAAGUUUUAAUAUAAAUGCAUACUAAUUGAAGAUAAACCAGACAAUGAUAUAUCAUAAUAUUUUGAGGAAUGCAUUCAAUACAUUGAUUCAGUUGUUGCAUAAAAUAAAAACAUUUUAGUUCAUUGUUAUGGUGGUUAAAGUAGGUCAGUUAGUAUUAUUAUUGCUUAUAUAAUGAGAAAAUUAUCACUUGAUUCUGAAAAGGCUUUCAAAUAUGUAAAGGAUAGACAUUAAAGAGCAGAACCAAAUUAUGGAUUUUUAAAUCAACUAAAAACUUUUAAAUGA